AAUUUGAUUUGACAUUGGAUCGUGUUCGUGAAUAGAGACUGGGUAUUAAUUUAAGAGGUGGCUGUGGCUUUGGCAAUUCGCGAUUUGAUUUCUUGAGUUGUAUCCCAGUUCUCGUUUAUACGUGUUCCCAGAUAAACAUGUUGAAUAAGAUCGUAGUUAAAAAUUUUAUGUGCCACGAUCAUUUUGAAAUCGUUCUGAAUCCAAGAGUGAAUUUCAUAACAGGACAGAAUGGUAGUGGCAAAAGCGCCAUUGUUGCCGCCCUAAUGGUGGGCUUUGGCCAGAGGGCAACUGUCACCAAUCGUGCCCUGUCUGUCAAAGAUUUCAUAAAAAAAGGCAGGCACUCUGCUGUAACAGAGAUCACGCUCUGCAACGAUCCUGACAAUGGUUUCAAAUAUGAAGAAUACGGCUCAGAAAUCACAAUUGUUAGAAGAAUAACAUAUACCUGUUCAAACUACUUGCUGAGAGACAGCCAAGGAAAAAACCAUCCUUGCAAUGCCAAGCUUUUGAACUCGUUGAUGCUGCAUUUCAGCAUUCAACCCAAUAAUCCACUGUGCAUCCUCAGCCAAGACGUGGCAAGAACGUUCCUUCAGAAGUUCGACCCAAAAUCAUUGUACAAUUUAUAUAGUCAAGCAACUCUCUCGAAAACUAUCAAUGAGUCUUUCGCUGACAGCAAGGAUACUCAUCGGAAAGCACAGUUACAUUUAGCUCAGAAAAGAGAGCAACUCGAAAAGCUGAAAGCAGAAGUUGAGGAAGCUGAAAAAAAGAAAAAAAUCGUGGAAAGAUACGUGUUUCUGAAAGAAAGGAUACAAGAAGUUAAGAAUGAGGUCAUUUGGGCGAAAAUAUCAUAUAUGGAAGAAACUAUUGAAAAGAAGCAUAAAGUGCAAGCUGAUCUUGAUGCUGAAAGAGAUAAAAUGUUGGACAAGAUAAAAAAUAGCAGCGAAGAAGCAUUGAUUCUAAAAUUGAGGGAACUUCAUGUUGAUCUGGAUCAGACUUCAGACAAGUUGGCGAAUGUCAAAGCUCAGAACGCAAAAGAGAAGGAUGCUCUGGUGCACAUUGAAGAAGUCAGAUCAAAUCACAAGCAAGAGUUGAAAGAGCUCGAACAACUGAUUCAAAGAAAAGACCGUGACAUAAAGGAGUUGGAAGAGGCAUCUAACAAAGUUCUAAAUGUGAAUGUACCCGAGAUUCAAAAGCAGAAGCAAGAACUCCAGGCCAUAGUGGCCAAAAUACACGAAUUGGAAGCUGUGAGGAAAACGUCUGAAGUGCAUUUGAGUCAGUUGAGAGAUACUUACGAAAACAACGCGCCAGAAAUAGAAAGAAUAACCCGUGAAAUUGAAAAAGUGAAGAAUAAAAUAAGUGAAAGUAAAGCUCAAAUUGAUCUUUUAAAACAAGGAAAGAGCUUGGCAUUGUAUGGCCGAUGGAUGCCAACUUUUGUUGAAGAAAUCAACAGAGCAGCUAAAAUGGGUCGUUUCUCGAAGAAGCCCAAAGGCCCUUUAGGUACCUAUUUACAAGUUGUAGAUCCCCACUGGGCUCCUGUUAUUGAGAACCAACUAAGAAGGCAUCUUUUUCAAUUCUGCUUGAACGAUAAGGCCGAUCUGAAAGUGUUCAACGAAAUUGUCGAGAGGAUUUGUCCGCGGAUUGGCCCUGAUGCGUCGAUCAGCCAAUUCAUGCCCAAUGUCUACAAUUACUCAGAGUAUGAAGUCAAACAUCACAGGUAUUCUUCCCUAAUCAGUCAAAUCCAGUGUUCUGAUCCGGAUAUUCUCAAUUGUCUGAUUGAUGAAAUGCAGAUCGAGCGAAUUCUUCUAGUCAACGACGUAAACAGUGCUCUAAAGAUCUGCGAGCAGGAAAGCAAUGCCCCAAAAAAUCUAAAAUAUUGUUUAACUCCAGCUGCAGACACUGUUUACCCUUCACCGAAUUAUAAAUUUUAUUCGGGAAGAAUGAAAAGGAACAUGACCAAUUUAUUACAAGUCAACCAAUCACAAAAUGUCAGGAUAUUGGUUGAAACAAUCAAUUCUAAAGAGGAAGAAAAGCGCUCCUUGGAAAGCGAGAGAGAAAGGAACAUAGAUUCGACAAAGUCAGUGAAAACUGACAUUGCGGAGACGCAAUCAACAUUGGAAGGUUUGAGAAAAAAACUCAAGGACUUGAAUGGAAAAAAAAUUGAGCUCGAAAUGAAAAUAGAUUCUGAGCCCAUUAGUGUCGAUCUUUACCAAAAAGACAUUGAAAUGUCGGUCUCAGAAAAAGAGACAUCCUCUAAAAAAAGAGAACAAUUACUCCAGAAAAUGACUGAAUCUGAGUCACAAAUACAGAAAUUGAAGCAAAACUUGCAUGCUCUUGGAAAACAGGAGAGUGUGUUCUCAGCCGACAAAAAUAAUACUCUUAAACUCAUUGAUGCAACUGAAAAGGAUCUCCGUGAUAAGAAAAGAUUGGGAGACAGACUCAGGGCUCAUUAUCACUCUCUUAUCGAGAAAGAAAAAACGUUGAGAGAAAGUCUCGAAAAACUGAAGAAUAAUGUGCAAGAAAUGUGUGAAAAAGCUGAUAAGUCAGCUACUCCGAUGGAGAAUAUAAGAAAAUUGCCAGAAGUAGAGGAAGAGCUGAAGGCUAUAAAAUGUGAGCAUAUGGGACUGAGAGAAUUCUGCAAGGAAAAUACAAUCGAAGUUGCAGAGCAAGCAUUCACUGAAAAGAAGCAAUGGCUCCGUGAAUGCUCCAGAAUUAUGAAACGGUUAGAAGAAAUUGCCAAAGCAACCUCUGAAAAGCUCGAGAAAGAUUUGAAAACUAUUGAAGUUAGUGAGCAAAAACAGCUUAAAAAGGCAAAAGUCUUGUUCUCAGAAGUACUGAAAAAGCGUGAUCUCCAGGGAACGUUUAGCUUGGAUAAUAACAAACAAAUUCUCAAAAUGCACGUUGUGCGUGGAAAAGAGAAAGGAACUGGCAAGAAAGGAGAAAUAUCAUCACUCUCUGGAGGGGAGAAAUCAUUCGCCACGAUUGCUUUCAUCAUAGCUGUGUGGGAGUCAAUGACUGUUCCUUUCUUCGUUAUGGACGAAUUCGAUGUCUUUACUGACGUUAUUACCAGGAAUACUAUCUUGAAAAUGUUGCUCGAAUACGCUUCACAAAGCUCAGCUCAAUUCAUCUUCCUCACACCACAUGACCUCAGCCGAGUUGAAACAAGUCGACAAGACGUUUCAGUGCACAGGAUCAGCAGUCCGAGGGCCUGAAUCUCCUGUGAUACUGUUGCACACUUAUUGGGCUUGGAACCGUGUAUCAGGCCCCAGAUAGAUAGAUUAUAUAUAGUUUGCAAUUUAUUUAUUUAUUCAUUCAUUGUAAGGCAAUUUCUAAAUUUCUAUACCUUCAAAAAAAGUGGUUUUUGGGUAGUGGUCUGUGUGUGUGUGUGAGUUUAUGUGCGUCUGUGUACAUGA